AUGAGUGAAAAUAGUGAUAGUUUUAAUUGGAUCAAGAAAGUUAAUAUUGGUUUACUUUUCCUAUUUAUUGCUGUUCUUGUUAACAUUUUUAUCACAUCUCCCAAGAGUUUACCCUCAUUAAAAUCCACAAAUGUCUUAGAUCGAACUAAUUACCCACAAUAUUUACCAACAUACCGCAAGAAAUUCAUGCCUCAUUUAAAGAAUAACACAUACCUCGACUAUACGGGCGCUGGAGUUUAUCCAGACAUCUUAAUUGAAAGAUUCCGUGAAAAAAUGACAAGUUAUUUCCCUUAUAACUAUCAUACAGACAAAAACACUACACAAGCAGACGAUAUCGUCAAUUAUGCUCGUAAUGAACUCCUGAAAUUCUUAGGAACUGAUUCUGAGCAUUAUUCUGUUAUAUUUUUAGCCAGUGCUACUCAAGCUUUGAAACUUGUUGGAGAGAACUUCCCCUGGACUAAUAAAUCGAAGUUUUAUUACACUAGAUUUAAUCAUAACUCAGUUCUCGGAAUUCGUCGUUAUGCGAUUGCUCACGGUGCAGAAUUUAAUGCAACUCGCAAUUUCCAGAGUCUCCUCAACAUUGCAAAGAAUAUGAGUAAGCCUGGACCGAUAAUUCAUUUAUUAGCUAUGCCAUUAGAGGAUAAUUUCGCAGGAACCAAGCCAACUCACGAGAUUAUGCACGAAAUUACACAUAUUAACGGUUCAUUUGCUAUUUUAGCUGAUGCAGCCGCUUAUUUACCAACAAAUCCAUUAAACCUUACAGAAUAUCCAUUCCAUGCAGUUGACAUGUCAUUCUACAAGAUUUUCGGCUUCCCUAACUACGGAGCUUUAGUUAUUCGAAACGAUUUCAUGAAUCAAUUAAAGAAAUCCUACUUUUCAGCUAAUUCAGCGGACAAAGAAGACGGCGAUCAAUACAAGAUCAAGAAGUUCCCAGAAGGACUCGAAGAUGAUUACGCAAUUCCUGAAAAUGCAUUUGCUCUUAUCGAAGGAAUCAGAUUUUUAUCAGGCAUCGGCAUGGAAAACAUACAAAAGCAUGUUGCAACCCUUACGAAACGUUUAUAUGAUGGUCUUGCCGGACUUAAUGCCCGAAUUUACGGAAAUCACCAUUUAGAAGACGAUUCACAACAAGGCGGUAUUGUAGCCUUCAACCUUAUCAGACAUGAUGGCCAGCCAUACGGAUAUUCUUCUGUUGUUGAAAGCGCUUCCCAAGAAUAUUUCCAUUUAAGAGGUGGCUGCCAUUGCAACCCUGGUGCUUGCUUCAACGCUACUGGUCUUAGAGAGUCUGUUGUCAAGUCCUAUUUCGAUAAAAAGACAACUUGUGGCGAUAAAUACGAUGUUAUUAACAAUGUACCACUUGGAGCAGUCAGAGCAUCGCUUGGAUGGGCUUCUACUGAAGAGGAUGUUGAUAAGUUUAUUAAUUAUAUUAGCGAAACAUAUAUUCUGUGA